GUAAUGUAAUGCAGCAGACCAGUGUGACCUCUGACCAGCGGAAGUAAACGGAACCAUUUGAACGCAAGAAGUGGGAGCUCUAGAAUAUGUUUAUUUUUUAUUGGCAGUAUUUACAUUAAAUACGUAACGUAACUAUUUUAAAAAGAGAAUAUAUUUUAGGGGUCGUUUUAAAAAAACUGUCGAGUCAGUAUUUAAAGUGAAACUCGACUGUAGACAAUAUAAACAAACAGCACGCUAACCUGCUUCGCUCCUCUGGUACUACAAUGAAUUUUUCACCAAACAGAGACACGUCUUUGUUAAACGCAGACGAAGCCUCGGCUAUCGAGACGGCAGUCCGGACGGCGGUCAUGUCCAUCCUGAAGAUUUUCUGCGACGUAAACGAGAAGAAGUCGCACUGCUAUGAGGCGAAGUUAGCCGAGGCGGAAAGAGAAAACGCGGCGCUCAAGUUUCAGUUAAAAGCCGCCGAGCAGGAGCUUCAAACCUUACGACAGAUCUCUUCUUCCAGCUCCAAUUACACAAUCUCGGCUGAGGUGACCCUGAGCCACGACUUCAGCACAGAUGUUACUGAAGAAAGAGGAGAGGAAGCGGCAUCCUUCCAGAGCGAUGGCAGCGUGGUGAUAAAGGAAGAGCCUUCUUACAACACGUUGUGUUUAAAGAGUGAAAUGGCAGAUGAGACAUUUCCAACAGAGUGUGAUUAUCCUGGCAUGGACAAUGUCCAGAUUUGCCAGCAGACUCCAGGUGCAGAGAUGUGGAGCAUGCAACAUGUGCAAUCAUUCAGUUCAGCAAGAUCCAGCCUUAACCAGACCCGAGAGAACAGGUGGAUUCCUGGUGAUGAUCUUACAGGAAGAUUGAAAAGCAGGGAGUGUGUGAGAAGAUACAGAGAAAGGAUCCGUGCUGACCCAGAAAAGUACCUCGCCUGGAAGGAAAAGGAACGCUUGAGGUAUCAGCAGAAGAGAAAGACCAUUAACGAUCUGUCUGAGCCCAUGAAGAAGCUGAAGAGGAAGGCUUGGAGAGAGGCUAAGAGGCGGGAUCGUGCUAGAAAGCAGGUUCAAGCCCCUACCACACACACGAUCCAGACAACCAACCCGUGAAGAGUACAUUACCUAAUAUCUGGGCAAAAACUUUCUGCAUUUGUAUAAAUUAGUACACAUGUCCACUGUAUUUAAGCUGUGUAAUGACAGGAAAGUGUCACGGAGAUGGAUGGUGUCCCGGUGUUAACGGAAGAGCCUCUUUACCAAGCGCAUGGUGUGAAAUGACAGGCAAGAAUUUUGCUGUGACCUUUGAAGACCCUGUUCUAGAAAACGUGGAAGGUUGCCAGGUGUACAUCCAGACAAAUGAAACAUCCACAGUCCCUCCAGCUUUAACCAGACUAGAGAGAAGUAUAGCACGUGCCAUGCUGUGGGGAUGUCAUGACCGGGGGAUUAACAUGCAGUACAGAGAAAAGACCUGUGCUGAUCUGGAGAUCUCCUGACCCGCAACGAGAAGGAUUACUCAAGGUAUACUAUGCAUUACUUCCCCAAUCACUCGAUUACUUUCAGUAACCGCUUUAUCCUGAUCCAGGCUCACAGCGAAUCCGGACACCAUCCCUGGAACGAAACGGUGUUAGUGAGGCAUUAAUACACACUCGAUGGGAUGCCAGUCCACUUCAGAGCACCAAGUACACACUCAUUCACACCUAGGCAUAAGUUCUUUUUGGCCAAUUCACCUAUCGAGGUGGGAGGAAACCGGAGAACCUGGAGGAACCCAACACUGAAAAUAUUUGAUCCUGUGUUCUAAAAAAACAAACAAACAAACAAAAACAAAGAAGAACUUGUGGCUAGCAAAAUCAGUGCACCAUUGUUUUCCUCACAGAUGAAAGCAUAUACAAAUUCCUACUAAUGAAACGAUAUCAUAUUGCCCAUAUUGCCCAUUCCUACAGCCAUGCUUUAGUAAUAUUGGCAUGAACGUUUUUCACGUGAUGUGUGUUUUGAGAAACUGCUACCCUGCAGGUCUCUCCGCAGGAGAAAACGAAUCCAGGAUCUCCCCGAACCCAUGCAGAAGCUGCAGAGGGAAGCCUGGAGAGAAGCUACCAGGCGGCACCGUGCAAGAAAGAUGGCACAAGCGUCCCUCGCUGACACAAACAUGCCCCAAACACUCAACCCCUGAUGACUAUGCUAUGCUCAACUAUUUAUGCUCCAGUCAGUAAUCUCAGGCAAAAAGUGUUCUAAUUUAUAUAGGUACAGUGGUGCUUGAAAGUUUGUGAACCCUUUUGUAUUUUCCUCAUUUCUGCUUCCUAAUUUAUGAUCUAAAACAUCACACAAAUCCUAAAAGAACCCAAUUAAACAAACGAGAAAAAAAAAAAAAAAAAAGUGUUAUACUUGGUCAUUUAUUCAUUGAGGAAAAUGAUCCAAUAUUACAUAUCUGUGAGUGACAAAAGUAUGUGAACCUCUAGGAUUAGCAGUUCAGUUGAAGGUAAAAUUAAAGUCAGGUGUUUUCAAUCAGGUGUGAGUGAGCACCCUGUUUUAUUUAAAGAAUCGGGAUCCAUCAGAGUCUGAUCUUCACAACACGUGUUUGUGGAAGUGUAUCACGGCAGGAACAAAGGAGAUUUCCGAGGACCUCAGAAAACGAGUUGUUGAUGCUCAUCGAGCUGGAAAAGGUUUCAAAACCAUCUCUAAAGAGUUUGGACUCAUCACUAAUCCACAGUCGGACAGAUUGCGUACAAAUGGAGGAAAUUCAAGACCAUUGUUCCCCUCCUCAGGAGUGGAGACCAACAAAAAUCACUCCAAGAGCAAGCUGUGUAAUAGUCCAUGAGGCCACAAAGGAACCCUGGGUAACUGCUGAGCAUCUAAAGGUCUCUCUCACAUUGCCUAAUGUUAAUGUUCAUGAGUCCACCAUCAGGAGAACUCUGAACAACAAUGAUGAUCAUGGCAGGGUUGCGAGGAGAAAGCCACCGCUCUCCAAAAAGAACAUCGCUGCCCGUCUGCGGUUUGCUAAAAAUCAUGUGGACAAGCUAGAAGGCUAAUAGAAAAAUGUUUUGUGGAUGGAUGAGACCAAAAUAGAGCUUUUUGGUUUAAAUGAGAAGAGUUAUGUUUGGAGAAAGGAAAACACUGCAUUCCAGCAUAAUAACCUUAUACUAUCUGUGAAACAUGGUGGUGGUAGUGUCAUGGUUUGGGCCAGUUUUGCUGCACGUGGGCCAGGACGACUUCCCAUCACUGACGGAACAAUGAAUUCUGAAUUAUAUCAGGACAUCUAUCUGUGAUCUGAAUCUCAAGAGAAAGUGGGUCAUGCAGCAAGACAACGACCCUAAACACACGAGUCGUUCUACCAAAGAACGGUUAAAGAAGAAUAAAGGUAAUGUUCUGGAGUCAAAGUCCUGACCUUAAUCCAGUAGAAAUGUCGUGGAAGAACCUGAAGCGAGCAGGUCGUGUGAGGAAACCCACCAACACCCCAGAGUUGAAGCCGUUCUGUACUGAGGAACGGGAUAGAACUCCUCCGAGCCGACGUGCAGGACCGAUCAACACUUACCCCAAACGCUUAUCUGCAGCUAUUGCUGCACAAGAGGGUCACACCACAUACUGAAAUUUAAAUACUUUUACCACUCAGAUGUGCAAUAUUGGAUCAUCUUCCUCAAUAAAUACGUCCUAAAUAAAAUAAUAAAUGACCAAGUAUAAUACUUUUUGUCUCAUUUGUUUAACUGGGUUCUCUUUAUCGACUGUCAGGACUUCUGAUGAUGUUUUAGGUCAUAUUCAUGCAGAAAUGUAGAGAAUAUUUCCACUAUAAUCAUGAAGUACAUACUUUCAAUUAAGUCAUGAAGGACCUGAGGACAAGUAGCUGAUUAUUUUUAUCAUCACGUAAAAGACAAAUGCAAAUAAACUUAACUGAUGGUAUUGUGUGUAUUUGUUAACUCUGCACAUUUAAACACACAGUGGUGGUUUACUCAACAUGCCAACAUAGUAUAAAGUACACAAAAUAAAGCUUUAUCAUCAUU